AUGAAGGCGGCUCUGGUACUUUUGGCUGCAAUCACUACAGCGAGAUGCUCUGCGGCACCGCUCUUAUCAGAGUUAUUGGUGCGAGAUGCCUCUAGCGCUCCCGCCAUCUCACAGCUGAUCUACGCUGCUGCUCCUUCCGCCACUUCUCCCUGGGCUCGUGCCUCUCCUGCAGGUGCACCUGCUCCUCUUGAUGCCUCUAGUGCUCCCGCCACCUCCCAGCUCAUCUACGCUGCUGCUCCUUCCGCCGCUUCUCCCUGGGCUCGUGCCUCUCCUGCAGGAGCACCUGCUCCUCUUGAUGCCUCUAGCGCUCCCGCCGCCUCCCAGCUGAUCUACGCUGCUGCUUCUCCCUGGGCUCGUGCCUCUCCUGCAGGAGCACCUGCUCCUCUUGAUGCCUCUAGUGCUCCCACCGCUUCACAGCUGAUCUACGCUGCUGCUCCUUCCGCCGCUUCUCCCUGGGCUCGUGCCUCUCCUGCAGGAGCACCUGCUCCUCUUGAUGCCUCUAGUGCUCCCACCGCUUCACAGCUGAUCUACGCUGCUGCUCCUUCCGCCGCUUCUCCCUGGGCUCGUGCCUCUCCUGCAGGAGCACCUGCUCCUCUUGAUGCCUCUAGUGCUCCCACCGCUUCACAACUGAUCUACGCUGCUGCUCCUUCUGCUGCUUCUCCCUGGGCUCGUGCCUCUCCUGCAGGAGCACCUGCUCCUCUUGAUGCCUCUAGUGCUCCCACCGCUUCACAGCUGAUCUACGCUGCUGCUCCUUCCGCCGCUUCUCCCAGGGCUCGUGCCUCUCCUGCAGGAGCACCUGCUCCUCUUGAUGCCUCUAGUGCUCCCACCGCUUCACAACUGAUCUACGAUGCUGCUCCUUCCGCCACUUCUCCCUGGGCUCGUGCCUCUCCUGCUGGAGCACCUGUUCCUCUUGAUGCCUCUAGCGCUCCCGCCGCCUCCCAGCUGAUCUACGCUGCUACUCCCUCUGCUGCCUCUCCCUGGGCUCGAGGUUCCCCUUCUAUACUUACAGUUGCUUAUGAUGCCCCAAGUGCUCCCACAACCUCUCAGCUCAACUACGCUGCUGCUCCCUCUGGAGUCUCUCCAUGGGCCCGUGUCUUCCCUGCUGGACUUCAAUCUGCCAACGUUGCCCCUAGCGCAUCCGCCACUUCUCACCUGAUCUACGUUGCUGCUCCUUCUGCUGCUUCUCCCUGGGCUCGUGCCUCUCCUGCAGGAGCACCUGCUUCUCUUGAUGCCUCCAGUGCUCCCGCCACCACCCAGCUCAUCUACGCUGCUGCUCCUUCUGCCGCUUCUCCCUGGGCUCGUGCCUAUCCUGCAGGAGCACCUGCUCCUUUUGAUGCCUCUAGCGCUCCCGCCGCCUCCCAGCUGAUCUACGCUGCUGCUCCUUCCGCCGCUUCUCCCUGGGCUCGUGCCUCUCCUGCAGGAGCACCUGCUCCUCUUGAUGCCUCUAGCGCUCCCGCCGCUUCACAGCUGAUCUACGCUGCUGCUCCUUCUGCCGCUUCUCCCUGGGCUCGUGCCUCUCCUGCAGGAGCACCUGCUCCUCUUGAUGCCUUUAGCGCUCCCGCCGCUUCACAGCUGAUCUACGCUGCUGCUCCUUCUGCUGCUUCUCCCUGGGCUCGUGCCUCUCCUGCAGGAGCACCUGCUCCUCUUGAUGCCUCUAGCGCUCCCGCCGCCUCCCAGCUGAUCUACGCUGCUGCUCCUUCCGCCGCUUCUCCCUGGGCUCGUGCCUCUCCUGCAGGAGCACCUGCUCCUCUUGAUGCCUCUAGCGCUCCCGCCGCCUCCCAGCUGAUCUACGCUGCUGCUCCUUCUGCCGCUUCUCCCUGGGCUCGUGCCUCUCCUGAUACUAGUGAUGCUCCCAGUGCUUUCACCUCACUUCAACAAAUCUACCCUGCCGUACCUUAUUACCUAGCAUAA